AUGGAUAACCCCCACAUGGGCGAUCCAACCCCCACCCAGACCACCGCACAAUGCAUCCUAGCCCUCCUCAACGGAAUCAGAACCAUCGAGAGCCUCCACCGCAUGUUCCUCUCCGGCGGCAAUGCCAUGCAUCUCAACAUCGCCAUCAAGAUGGCCGAGCGCCUGAUCGGGUCGGAGAAGUCGGUUGAGUCGUUGCUGGCGAAGAUGCGUGGGGAAUUGGCGGGGGCGGAGAAGGAGGGAAUGGGAAAUGGAAAUGUGGAAGACCCUGUUCUGGCGUGUGGUGUGAGUGGGAGUAUCGCGGGGAUGCUGCUGCAGAGAAGUAAGCCGGAAACAAGCAAUCGAUCGCCGAUGUAUGCGGGGAAUGCGUGUCCGGAGGGAGGCGCGGAUAAUGUUGUUGAUCUGUUUCAGCAGCUGGCGCUGAUGUUUGAUACGACGGGAGGCCAGGUGUACCUGGAUGGCGCUUUGGAGUGGCCGAAGGGCUGGAUUUGGAAACCAUUGAUCCGAGAAUUAGAGCAGACGUUCAACAUUUAUACGGGAAGCGUCCCAGGAGAUGGGACAGAAAGCGGCGGACAGCAUGUGCCAGAAGCUAGUGCUGAUUUCAAAAAGGAAAUUAUUCGUCUAUCAAGCAUGUUCUCUUUGGAAACCAUACGCCCGGAGAGCGCCGCUGCGCAGCAUGAUCCUGGCCCACUUGGUAGUGCACUGACCGUGAAAGAACUCAUUCCUUCCUAUUUUUUCGAAAAGAAUGAUGAUCAGAAUCCGGAAUUCGUCGCUGAUCUCGACGAAGGGCUGUAUGUAACUCUCACAGCGGCCAGAAAACUACCAUUGGAUAAUGUAGAUCGUCCAGAAAGACUCUCGAAGGCAAGCAUGAUUCUUUUCAUCAAGUACCGGAGACUCAAGCAACCAGAACACCUCAACCAGGGAAUCGAUCUGAGUAAAGAGGCAGUGGCGGCAGCUGAUCCAGCGAACUCAUAUCGACUGAGGGUAACGCAAGUGCUGGUAGGGCUUAUGCAGGUGCGAUAUGAGCUACUGGGCGCAGAUGAUGACCUCUCAGAGAUGAUUCGCUGGAAUAAGGAGGUGGUCAUGGAGAUGUGGGACGAGGAUUCUGAUAGAGAGGUCUGGCUCCAAACGCUCGCCAUCUCAACAGGCGAGAAAUAUUUGAAAUCCAAGACAGUGAAAGAUCUUGUGCAGGCGCUAGUUUAUGCGAAAGAAUUAGUUGAUAGAACCGACAUUGACAAUGAGGAUCUUCCAGUACGGCGAGAUACCUCGGUCAAUUUACACAUUUUAAAGUAUCGGCAAUCCGAAGAUAUCAAAGACCUCGAGGGGGCUAUUGAAGCUCUGGAAAACUCAAUAACCUCUCCAGACCAUCGAUUCCGGUUAAGGCAUAUUAUCCUUUUGAGCAAUUGCCUUGAGAUCAUGCAAUUCAAAUUCAAACGCAAAGGAUGUCGUUACAGGGCAAUCAACAUAUUGGAAGAAGCCAGUCCAGCCCCGACUGAUGAUGAUCCUAUCCGUCUCACGCGCUGGUUCUGCCUAUUUGAAAUGUCAAGUGCGCGGUUUGCCGACCUACAGAAUUUCAAUGACUAUGAGCGGAGCAUCCAAUACGCCAAGAAGAUAUUAGCUCUUCCAAAACCUGGUGCUUCAGAAAGGGCAAUAGCCUUGGCAAACAUGUCAAGGACCCAUUGGGAGUACUACAUGCUCUCGGCAGACAUGACGAUGCUUGAGGAGGCCAUUACAGCGGGUAAAAUGAGCGUAGAGAUAGCUUUAGCAGAGGGAUUCAAUGACCCUAGAUACCAGCUCAGUGACCGACUGCGCGACCUUGGGGGCUUCAAUCCGUCAGUCGAGCUAUUGAUGCGUCUUUCCUCGCAUUACAAUACGAGAUUCGAGCUCCUUGGAGGUCUUGACGACUUGAACCGUUCCAUUGAUCUCUGCGGGCAGGCACUGAGUAUCAUAGCAGCUAGCCACCGGGGCCAAGCUGUGUUUUCAGCCUUUUUGGGCUCACUCCUAAUCUCGAGGUACGAUCAGCGGGGAAAUAAAGAGGACCUUGACACAGCUGUGGAAAUGAUUCAAAUGGGUUCCCAGCUUGAACCGCAAGUAGUAGAUCACCUUUCCGAGUGUCUGUCGCUUCUAUCAGUUGUCCGUCGGGAGUACAAGAAGUCCAAUAAUCAGCAAGAACUGCUUGACGCAAUUCAAGCAUGUAAGACAGUGCCGGUUGACGCAGUUGAUAAAAACAGGUCGUUGCGGCGUAGCGGAAUAAGUAUGUUCAUGAGCGUCUUGCUCUUGGACUCUUAUAACGAGUCCCAAAAAAUGCAAAACCUUGAAGAUUGCAUAAAAUAUGCCGAAGAGGUAGUGGCACAAACACCCCGAAACAACCCACGCAGAGCAGCCAAUCUCUUGAUGCUUGGUACCGCAAUACAUAAGCGUUACUCGGCCACUCAGUCCAAUCACGACCUCUACUACGCACUGAGUACGUUUUACGAAGCCUGGCACUGCCGCCUAUCCCCGGUGGAGGAACGUAUCCGGGCAGCGUCCCUGCUGUGCACGAUUCUUGCAGAAAAGCACAUGUGGCAGGAGCUGCGUCCGAUUCUUCAAAGUGCUAUUAUGCUUCUUCGGAACGUCAGCAAACGGUCCUUGCGCAGAAAGGAUCAGCAACAUCACUUGGCAAAGUUUAGGGACCUCGUAGUGAAUACUAUACAGUUAUUAUUCAAAGCGGGGGAGGAGGACGUGGCGUGUUGCCUUAGGAUCUUGGAAUUUGGUCGAGGGGUGAUUAUGGGCAUGGUGAUGGAUUGUAGAAGCGAAACGGAUAUAUCAAAUCUCAAAGAAGCACAUCCGGAUCUUUUCACAAAAUUCAACAGGCUAUGCAAAGAAAUCGACUAA